AUGCCUCGACCCACAACACGUCCCGGUAAUGCUAACAAGCAUCCUGGACAAGUAGUCCUCGAUGCAAAUCGAGUUUCACGCCCGAAAGAUGUAAUUGCAGCUGAGAAGAACAAGAAAGUUGCUGCGGAGGAAGAUGCUAUGGCUGUUGAGCAGAUGGUUCAGCGUACUGGCCCUGAACGGCUCGUCAGACCAAAGCCAAAACCACGCCCGGUGACCAAGAAACAGGUGUCAACCCUGGAGGAUGCAACGCAGAUUGUGAACCCUGAAACAUCUGUUGGGGCCAAAUCAGCAUCUCAGAACGCUGACAUCCAGAAGAAGAAACAUCCAGGUUUAAAGCUCACGUUCAAGGAUGGUGUGAACGCCAGUCGAAAGGUGUCCAACAGCGGUUUAUCGGCCUUAAAAAUAACACUUUAUUAUUUUGAUGUGUUUCACUCACUGAAACGUAGGGCAUCUGAGUCCUCCAUACCUUCAGAGAGAGGCGGUGUGGCAAAGUGGGCAAAAAGUGUAGCGUCAAAGUCCCAACUGAAGCCCUCUACACCACCAAGUACACGUGGCGUGGUCGCAAACGACAAUACAGAAUGGCUCGAAAAUGACAACGCACCUGAAGAAUUUGAUGAUAGCGUGACCAGGAAUCGGCGUGCGCAGAGCAUUGUGCACAUGGUGGAGACUGUCAAUAAUGCACCGAGAGGAAAGAAGCGUGCCUUGUCCGCGGUGUCAGUCGAGGAUCUUGGACCUGAAGAACAGUGCGAGAUGCAGGAAGACAAUGAUGCUGACGAAGAUGAUGAAUACCAGGAUGUAGAUGACGAUGUCGUGAUGAUGGAUCAGGAGGACGAUCUUGAAGUCUAUGAAACGACAACCAGUCGGCUUACAACCUCCAUGUCAGUUGGCGUUGUGGAGACUGACAAUCAGAGUUCGAAGUACAUCAAAACUGAAACCGGACGUACACCACUGGUACUCAACCUCAAGAAAGAGAAACCGAAAAACGCACACUUGCCCUCUGGUGCUCUGAACUCAAACUGGUGUUCGAAAUUUCUUCCGACAAUCAUGUACUGGAUCGGAAAUAGCAACUACCCAUGGACCAUCCCCGAUGACACCCUUUCCGAUACCCUUGAUAAUAUCUACUUGGCAGUGUACAACCAACCUGGAGACUUCGAGGUUGACAGCUGCAACGGUGCUUUCAGUGUUGUAGGCCAAAGGAUCUCCGAGUGGAGGGGGAAUUUCGGCUCUGUUGCUGUCACCAUCUUGAUGGCAUUUUUUGCCUCGAUGGAUGAAUAUGAGACCCAGGACGAGGAUUCACCUGGAGCGUUUUUCUCGGAGUUCAUCCUGCGCACAUUUGCUGCCCACCUCGGCGCCAUCCAAGGGCGCCAGAAAGUGGACACACUUGACUUCGGAUUACCUGGAUAUGGAGCUGCCCUUGCAAUGACCGCUGCAGCUGCCGAGCGCGCACUAAUUUUGGCUCGCGACGACCUCAUUCUGGAGGACACUUCAGGCCAAGGGAAACACAAGAUUGCAUUGACGCUCAAUCAAGCAACCAACAAAAUGAGCCACACUGGUACCGCAUUUUCAGCGGGCAAUUGGGAGACUGACACAAUCGCGUACAUGGAGCUAAUUGAGCAGCUUCCCUUUGAUCGCAUCCAGGAGAUCAUUGCGCGAUCUCAACCAUACAUCAAGCGUACACGCCGCAGGGGUCAGGAUGGCGAUACCGGUGAUGGCGACAGUCAGCUUCCCAUAAAUCCACGCUCCCGUAUCCGCAUCUGUAGUGUUUUUUCUUUCUCUUAA